AUGAUGAACCCAUCAUCUGCCGACUCCCCUCGGCAGCCAGACAAUAGCACCCGGAAGCAGCAGCAGCGGCCGUCCUCCCCGGCCGGUCUCAAGGAAGGAGCCAAGCCCGCACAGAAGGGAGCCAACCCGGCUAAGCCCAGCGCGGCCAAGCAGGGCGGAGGAGGGGGAGGCAGAGGCAGCCGGGGUCAGUCUCCGGUGUCCGCGGGCAGGGAGCGGCAGGCCAGAGGCGCGGCCGCUGUCCAGCAGGCUGCUGUCCAGCAGGCUGCUGGUGCUGAAAGCCCGACGCUGAGCAGGCCCGUCCAGGCAACCGAAGACCAAGCGGACACGACCCGCGUUGUCUCCGACCAGCCCUGCGCGUCCAAGUCCCCCAAGCUGAGGAGCAAAAACCCCAGAGGGGUGGAGGCCGCCUCGACGACCGGCAGCAGCAAAAAGAGCUCCAAAGGAACUGUGGGGUGCGGACCCGGCUUCUGGAAAGAGGGAUGCCUGCAAUCCGAGCUGAUCCAGUUUCACUUGAAUAAGAGCCUGGGCAAGAAAGGGACAAAGAUGCAGGCAAAGUCCGCCUCUCCGCCGCUAUCGGAGCCGGAGCUGUCCCCAGAGCCGGACAGUCCGCAGAUGGAGCCACAGCCGGACCAGAGGCUGCAGGAUGAGAUCGAAAGACUGGAGGAUGAAAACGACGAUCUCAAGACUGAAAUUGAAGAGAUGCGGGCAGAGAUGGAUGAGAUGCGGGACACUUUCUAUGAAGAGGACGCCUGCCAGCUACAGGACAUGCGCAGAGAGCUGGAAAGAGCCAACAAGAACUGUCGCAUCCUUCAAUAUCGACUAAAGAAAGCCGAGAGGAAAAGGCUCAGGUUCACAGAGACUGGCCAAGUGGAUGGAGAGCUACUUAGAAGUCUGGAGCAAGACCUUAAGGUGGCAAAGGAUGUGUCAGUACGCUUGCACCAUGAGCUGGAGAAUGUAGAGGAGAAGAGGACAAGGACAGAGGAUGAGAAUGAGAAGCUGAGACAGCAGCUGAUAGAGGUGGAGGUCACCAAACAGGCCCUUCAAAAUGAGCUUGAGAAAGCAAAAGAGCUAGCCUUCAUCAAGGAGGAAGCCAUCUUGAUGAGGAAAAAGAUGGCAAAGAUUGACAAGGAGAAGGAUCGGCUCGAGCAGGAGCUGCAGAAGUACAGAUCCUUCUAUGGGGAUGUGGACAGCCCCCUGCCUAAAGGGGAGGCUGGAGGCCCCCCCACCACCCGCGAAUCUGAACUGAAGCUGCGUUUACGCCUGGUGGAGGAGGAGGCCAACAUCCUGGGGAGGAAGAUCGUGGAGUUGGAGGUGGAGAACAGAGGUCUGAAGGCUGAGUUGGAUGACAUGAGGGAGGACAGUCUGGCAGCAGCGGGAUUGGACGGUUCCUCCAGUGGAGGCCAGCAGAGCAGGGAGCAGAGCGAGGCCCUGUCUGAGCUGAGGCAGCAGCUUCAACUGGUGGAAGAUGAGGCAGAACUUCUCCGCAGAAACUUAGCAGAUGUAGAGGAGGAGAACAAGAAGGUGACAAAUGAGCUCAAUAAACUCAAGUACAAAGCUGGGUCCCAUGAAGCUGGAUCAAGACACGGAGGAGGAGGAGCUGACCCCGUUAAGAUGGAGGCCCUCCAGGAGGAGCUGAAAGCCGCGCGUUUGCAGAUAAACGAGCUGAGCGGCAAAGUCAUGCAGCUCCAGUACGAGAACCGGGUGCUGCUCUCCAACAUGCAGCGCUACGACCUGGCCUCCCACCUGGGCAUCCGCGGCAGCCCCCGGGACAGCGACGCCGAGAGCGACGGCGGGCGGGACGACGACACGCCCUCGGCCUCCGCCCCCUCCCCUCGCCUCCUGCCCCCCCACCGCAAGCGGGAGGGCCCCAUCGGGGGCGAGAGCGACUCGGACGAGGUGAGGAACAUCCGCUGCCUCACCCCGACGCGGUCCAUGUACUCACCUGUGGACAGCCGUUUUUUAUCCAGAAGCCUGAAGGACCGGCAACAUAUGAUAGACAUCCGCAUUGAGGCGGAGAGGCUGGGCCGGACUAUCGACAGGCUCAUCGCUGACACCAGCACUAUCAUAGCCGAGGCCAGGGUGUACGUCACCAACGGGGAACUGUUCGCUAGGCUCGAUGAGGAUGAAGAAGGCGGCAGGAUCAGAGAGCAUGAGCUGCUGUAUCGUAUCAACGCCCAGAUGAAAGCCUUCAGGAAGGAGUUGCAGAACUUCAUAGACCGGUUGGAUGUCCCCAGGCAGGAGGACAAACCGGCUGAGGAGCCGUUGUCUGGAUGGGAGUUUGUGCCGCCGGCCAGGAUGGAGAGAGGCAGGGGCAAAAACCGCAGCCCGCUGAGGAGGGUCUCCUCUCCACCCACCGUCUUUAGUCAGGUCCAGGAGCCCCAGUUUGGUGGGGCACAAACUGGAGGGGAGGGCGGAGCAGGGGCGCAGAUCCUGGAGAUCCUCAGGGGACAAAUGUGGCAGAGUCCUGAGCCCCAACAGCAGCCGCAGCCACCACCACACCACAACAGGCUCAAAAAGAAGUUUGAAGAUUUGAAAAAACGACAUGUUCAGGAUAAGGAAGAGUGGAUGCGCCAGAAGGAGUCAUUAUUAAGAGAAGUGGCUGACAUACAAGGAGGGGAGAACAGGAGGAUUCUGCUGGACCUGAAGACUGUUUUGGAGGAAGUGCAGGCGGAGGUGAAAAGAGAGGAGGAGAAAAGGAGUGAGCUCCAGCUGCAGUACAGCAAGGACAGAUGUGCCUGGGAGCUGGAGAAAGCUGAGCUCAAGUGUAGGAUUGCACAGCUGGAGGCUAGAGAGGCUGCAGCGUUGGUGAGUGGAGGGCUCCAGUCCACACCAGGUCCGGGAUCUGUGGCAUCACGGAGUCCUCGAGAACUGCCCGGCGAGACCUCGACGUUCCGCAGGGAGAGGGAAGAACAGAGGAGGAUCCUGGUGGACACACAUUCAACAGCCAUGGACCUGCGCUGCCGCCUGGAGCACAAUGAGAGAGGCUGGUUAAAAGAGAAAGCUGAGCUGCUGGAAAGAUUUGAUGUGGAGAGAAAAGAAUGGGAGAGUCAGCUGAAGGAUAUGCAGAAGAAAAUAGAAGAGCUGUACUGUGAGGUGAGAACCAAGCGAGGGGGUACAGGACGAGACAGUAGGCAGCAGGAUGACGAUGCGGUGCGCCGGCUCAGCAUGCGCUCCACCAGCACGGGCUCCAGUCUGCUCAGCGACAACUCCCACUCAGAACUUCUCAGCAGCAGCACACAAUCAGAAACAACCCGGCACCCAGCUUCACCAGACUUCGAUCACAACACAAACAUCAGAGAUGAUAAUGCUUUUGGGAUCACAGACAGUCGACACCCCACCUGCUUCCAGGCAGACAACCUCUGUGGAUUUAAUGUUGGUGUCCAGUUCAGCCAGAGCGAGCUUGUGGAGGAAUUCAAAGGUACUUGGCAGCAGGGCCCAGUCACUGAUAAUAAGAAAGCGGUGGAUACAACUGAGCUGGAUGCUGUUAAUCUUCAGGCUUCUGGAUGUGGAGUGCAACAAGAAUAUGCUUCCAAAGGGACUGAAAAACAUGUCAGUGUCAGUCCUCAAGAAGGUGAUCUUUUGGCAGGACUGAGCUAUGGCAGUGACAAGAAAAAGAACACAACUGCUCUUAAUGCUGCCCUGAAGGAAAUUGCCCGUGUUAGUGAGGAGCUUUGUAGCUACCAGGAUGAGAUCAGAAAGAAGAGUGGAGAAAAGGGGUGUCAGCCUGAGUCCCUGUGCCUGUCUGAGGGAAGUGAGAAGCUCCUUCAGGUAGAUGAAACUCCUUGUGACCUCAGUCAGAUCUAUGAGGACCUCCGAGCCUUGGCAAGGGAGCACUGGUUGACUUUGUCACCAGGGAACACCUGGCAGGCCAACAGAGGGCCACGUGAAUCCUGGACAGCAAACACUGACGAUUUAGAUAGCCUCAGAGCCCCACAGACCACGAGCCCUGGGGAGCACUGGGAUAUUGAUACGACAGCCCCACCCAUCCCUCCCCGCACCUCUUCCUGGAAUUUGAGCACUCCGAAUCCAGACACAGAACUGCACAUCCCAGAAUCCCCUGUGGCUACAAUGAGGAAAUGCCACAGCCCCUGUGUUCUAGUAGACAGAAAGUGUAACAGCCCUUCCAUUGUCAGGAAGUUUGAGGCUAUGCUGCAGGAAAAUGAGGGAAAAGUUUUAAAAGAUGGCAUUGUGAUAUCGUGCGCUGUGCCUGCUAAUUCCAACUGCAACGUGGGCUGCUGUCACAGCCGCUGGUCCUGCGAUGCAAGCAAGUUCACUCGGAAUAAGUUGUCUUCAUAUGGGACUGUCCAGAAAAGCUUCUCUGAGGUCAAUAUACUAAGUGCUGCGAAAGUCUCUCACUCAGAUUACAGCCCCGGUGGUGGAAGCCUGCAAAUGUCUUCCUCUUUCAGAGAAAUACCUGUGGAAUUGCUCCUGUCCUCUCUGGAAACACAACCUGUCAGUCCUAAACUCCAGGGCUCCCGAAGGAACAUAAUGCUAGAAAAGAAAACGGCUGAGUUCAACCGCACCUUGUUUCAGGCUGAGAUGGGGCGUGGAGCAGACGUACAGGACGGCUUCCCUGGAACGGACACUGGCUCUGUGGCUUCCCCACCGGUUUGUUCAUCAUCAGAUGACAUUUUACCUCCAAAAGAAACAUUUCAGCCAAUAUAUAUGGAUUUAACCACCUCUAUCAUGGAUGCUCCUCCCAAAGUGUCACCGAUUCUCUCCACCUCUGAUUCCACUACACAGAACCCUGAAUGGCAACAGAGGCAAACGAGAUGCACUGACGAAGUCCGAGACGUCAGAAUAAAGCGAGAAUCCCACCCUGCUCACUCUGAACCGUUCAGUGAAGCCACAAGAACCCCUCAGAGUCCUGCACACAAUUCUGAGGUCAGCUGCAAAGCUCGUACAGAAAGCAGUCCUUCCAGCAAAUCAAAGCACAGAGCUGCCACAGAGGCUCUCUUUUCUGAACAUUUCUUGCCUGCAAAUUCCCAACCUGGUCAGAGUGUGGAUAAUCCCAACGCUCAGGAAAGAAAUACCCAUGGAGCGAAACAUCAGUCAGCCAGAACCAGUAUGUCACACCAGCAGCUGUCUGCUGAGAGCAAACAAAGACAGGUGCCACAGCCAAGACAGGGGGACUCCACCAGAUCAGCCCCUCGAAUGAUGAGUGAGCACCCCUGGAAGCCCCUCACUCUCGCUGCGUACCCACGGCCAGAGGGAUCCAGGUCCAACUACGGUGCGGUGGAAAGGAUUCUGAAAAACUAUGAGACUGCAGCUCUAGCACAACAGAAUGAGAGCCAGCAGAAUGACAUGGGCUCAAGGCGAGAUGAGAGCUUCACAGACCUGGACCUGUUGGACAUGGAUCCCCUGCCUUUGCCUCCUACUCUGAGACACAUGCAGAUAGCACAUACCUCACAGACACACAACAGCCAGGUCAGCGGGCCGGUCAGCAGCCACAGUUCCAAAUGUCUGAGGGAGGUACGGCUCCUAGUGCAGGAGGAUGAAGAACCCCCUGUCUCUUCCUCCUCUGUGCAGAAAAACUUUUCGAGGCCUGCCCGUCCAGCCAACCGUCGCCUCCCCUCCCGAUGGGCCAGCCGCUCCCCCACCUCGUCCUCCUCCACCUCCUCCUCUCCUUAUGAGCCACUGUGCACUGAGGCAGCGGCUCCUGAAGAGCAGCAGCUGCUGGGGAACCUGGGCCAGACACAGAGUCGAGGCUGCGUUUACUCCAGCCUCCAUGGGUUUGACCAGGACGAGAUCAGAGAGAAGCUGCGGGCCUUUCCUGGAGGCUCCAUCGAUCUGGUGAAACAGGACUCCGGCGUAGCUGUGCUGACCAUCAACAACCCCACCCGCAUGAACGCUUUCUCCGGCAGCAUGAUGGUGGAUCUGGAGGAGCAGGUCAGCCAGCUGGAGGAGUGGACGGACGGGAAAGGCCUCAUUGUCCAGGGUGCUGCCGCCACCUUCUGCUCCGGGUCUGACCUCAACGCCGUCCGGGCCAUAUCCAACCCACAGGAUGGGAUGAAGAUGUGCAUGUUCAUGCAGAGUGCUCUUACGAGGCUGCUCAGGCUGCCUCUUAUCUCUGUGGCGCUGGUGGAGGGGAGAGCGCUGGGAGGAGGUGCAGAGCUCACCACGGCCUGCGAUUUAAGGCUGAUGGCGUCCGGCAGCGUGAUCCAGUUCGUCCACAAACACAUGGGUCUGGUCCCGGGCUGGGGGGGCGCCGCGCGGCUCGUCCACAUCGUGGGAAGCCAGAGUGCGCUGAAGCUGCUGGGCGGCGCGGUCAAAGUGGACCCUGAGCUGGGCCUGCGCAUGGGACUGGCAGACGGAGUCCUGGAAUCGGACAGGACAGCAGGAGAUCCCGGCACCGCCCUGCAGCAGGCGGAAAACUGGCUCAGCCGCUACACCAAAGGACCGGCCCCCGUCAUCCAGGCCGUGAAGAAGGUGGUGUCGUCAGGGAGGGAGCUGCCUCUGUCAGAGGCCCUGAGGACAGAGAGGGACGUUUUUGGGUCGGUGUGGGGCGGUCCGGCAAACCUGCAGGCCCUGGCCAGCAGGCCCAAACACAAAUGAGCCGGCCUGAGGGCUGUUAUCAGCAAACCCUGCGGGAUGCCACUCAGAGAAAUGUUUUCUUACCUUUGGGAAGGGGGUCGUUUUACAGUACUGAACUGAAACAGUGAACUAACCACACUCUGGCUAUCUUUGUUUCCCAAACAUUAAACUUUUCAACUAAUCUUUUUUUCUGCACACACCAAUGUUCUACGCUCACAGAUGAUAAGGUUGUUGUCACAAAGUCCUCCUUUCAAUCAUCAUUUGGUACGCCAGACUUGAAAUACCCCAUCAGAACUCAAACUCUUGUGCAAAUCUAACAAUACUGUGUCGAAGAGACAAACAAAAUAAACAAUCGUGCUGUUAUCAUUUUGCUGAAUAAGUGUCUUUUCAGGUGUAGUCUGA